UGCAGCGUGACGCGAAUGCUCUGAGGGCUUCGCUCGCAAUUUCUUUUGCCUGAAAACACAGGAAAAGCCACACUUUCCUGUGCCGGAUUGCCACUAAACCAUCAAGUGCACCCUUGAGAGUCUUCUUUCGGCCCAAUAUUGCCGGGUGGAGUGUCGCUAGUGGGUGAAAAAGGUGCAAAAAGCCUACCUUGAAUUGUCCUCCAGUGGAAGCGUAAUGGCUGCCGUGACGUCACGGAGUCGAUACAAUUCAAACAGCUGAUGGCUUUUCGUGGAAAACAGUGAUUUUCCGGGAGACUCUUGCAUUCCCGUGAAUGCCCACCGGGGCGGACUGAAGUGGGGGCCACCGGACAAUGGUGUGGCGCUAUAUCGUGACUUCACAAGCGGCCACACUUCACGUUCUGCGGGACUCGAGUGAUUUGCAGGUAGAGGAAAAGUUGGUGGAAAAGGUUUCAGAGGAUCUCAAGGAGCUUUCGCGUGGCGCCACUUGAUCGAGGCGGUGGUCAGGAGAGUGGGCAAAGAGAGGAGCACGAGUUUGAGGAAAGCGUCUACAGGAAGCAUCUGGUUGGGUGCUCAUCAUGAACAUUAGUGAAAAGAGGAGUGGCAGGAUGGUCUUCAAGCAGGAACACACGGACGAUGGAUCAUCGGCUGAUGAGCAGAUCAUCUCCGAUGUGCAGUACGAGGAGGAGGAGCCCACGGACGACUCGGGCGAGAAGACGAUGUCGUCGGUGGAGAUGAUGGAGGACGAGGAGCACGAGGAGAUCGUGCUGGAGUCCAAUCCGGCGCCCACGGUGGUCGUGACGACGCGCCCGCCGGUGCUGCCGACGACGACGACGAUCAAGAAGAUCACAGUGACGCCGGUGACGGCGGCGGCCUUCUCGGGGCGCAAGGAGUACAAAGUGACGCCGGCGGGCACGAAGACGAACCCCAUCAUCGUGACGCAGAAGAUGCUGCAGUCGCCGCGCACGGUGACGGUGGUGCCGAAGGCGGACUCCACGUUCAAGUUCUCGCACGUGCAGGGCCAGACGACGAUCAAGCGGAAGAUCGACACGUCGCCGGUGGUGGUGAAGCUGCCCAUGGACCUCAAGCGCUUCAAGCCGGUGCCGGCGCGCACGCUGGGCAACUUUGUGCUGCAGCAGAAGGACAGCGUGACGGGCAUGCCGAAGAUUGUGCGGCUGGUGCGCAACAAGAUGGAGCGCGCCACGCAGACGGACGUGACGGGGGAGCUGCUGGAGCAGUAUGAGGUGCUGCACAAUGAGAGCCAGAUGAAGAUUAUGCAGCUGGAGGAGCAGAUGCGCAAGUGCAAGUACACGCCGGAGAUGUUUGAGAAUGACGACAAGCGGACGGAGUACUUUACGGGUCUGGACUCGUAUGUCACGAUGAUCACGCUGUACAACACGUGCGAGGCGGAAUUGCCGCAAUCCACGGCGCUGACCAAGUUCGAAAUCUUCAUUCUCACCCUCCUCAAGUUGCGCCUCAAGCUGCCGCUCACCUUUCUCGCCUAUCAGUUCUGCAUAUCGCCUAAGGCGGCGAGCUUCUACUUCAAUGAGUGUCUCAAUGUGCUGCACAAGUCGCUGCGGGAGCUCUUCGCGGAGCCCAACGACAGCAGCGACGGGAACAUUGAGAUUGUGGCCGAUGGGAAUUGAGAGCGCGGCGCCGCGAAGUGUGUGUGUGUGAGGGAUAAAUUUAUGGACUUUUCUCACCAAAAACAAAAAAAAGAAAGAAAGAAGGGAAAAUGAUUAUGAAAAAAUUGGAAAUACACAAAAAUGUGACAAUUUUGAGAGAGACUUUCGCGAGUAAUUCGGCAAAAGAAGUGUGCAGAGAAAUGUUUGCCGUGGGCAUAAGAAAAAAAACCUUUUAAAAUAGUCUCUAGAGAAUAUUUAACCAAUCAAGUGAGGAUGAUGCGAUGGCGAACAUAUUUUAGUUAUCAAUUUUAUCUCGAGAGAAGAUAAGUAUAAAUAAAUGGAAUGAGAAAA